AUGUCGCUUCCAGAAACCUACCAAGCGUUUAGACGCACAACAGGCGAACUUCCGAGGACCAUUGAACCGUCUACUGAAAAGGUACCGCGAGGGCUUGGACCAAAUGAUGUGUUGAUCAAGAUCCACGCCGUGUCUCUCAACUUCCGCGAUGUUGCUAUGCUGAACGGCCGGUAUCCAGUGGAAGUAGAAGAGCAAGGCAUUCCAUGCUCCGACGCUGCCGCAGAGGUUGUCGCAAUUGGAUCGGCGGUCAAAGACUUUUCUACCGGAGAUCAUGUAUCGGUCAUAUUCGAUCUAAAUAACAUGACAGGCUUUGAUAAUAAAUCUUCUUGUGCCCUCGGAGGAGACACCGCUGGAGUUCUCCGCGAAUACGCUAUUUAUCAGGACAAGUACCUGGUCCAGCUACCCAAGUACCUUCCAUGGGAAGAAGCGGCUACCAUCACCUGCGCUGGUGUCACGGCCUGGAACUCUCUCGACGGCCUGAUGACGGGAUCCAAGGCUCGUAGCGCCCUGUUGCAAGGCACUGGAGGUGUCAGCAUGUCUGCUCUGCUGAUAUGUGUUGCGGCGGGCAUCCAACCAAUCAUCACAUCUUCAUCCGAUGAGAAGCUUGCAGCAAUCAAGAAACUAGGCUCUCAGGUCCGUGGUAUCAACUACAAAACUACUCAAGACCAAGUAUCGGAAGUCAGUCGGCUGACAGAUGGCCGGGGCGUUGAUUUUGUUGUUAACAACACCGGCCCAGCAUCUAUCCCCCAGGAUAUCAGCUUCUUGCGCCAACGCGGCGGCACUGUAUCCUUGGUCGGUUUUCUAGAUGGAACCGGUGGUGAUUGGCAACCUGCUGCUAUCAUGGCACUGAUGGGCAAGUCUGCUCGAAUUAAGGGUAUUGCCACUGGCUCUAAGGAGGAUUAUUUGAGCCUGAAUAAGUUCUUGCAAGAGAACAAGGUCUCCCUUGCUCCGCUCGUGGACCGGGUCUUCUCGUUCGAAGACUCGCCAGCAGCUUUUGACUAUCUCUACUCCGGCAAACACGUAGGAAAGGUCAUCAUCAAGCUCUAG